AUGAAUGACUCGGCGGAAUAUGUCCCGGAAGCGUAUGCGGCGCCGGCUACAGGCUACGAUGACGGCGAUCCUACACGCUUCAAGGGACAACUACCGUACCCGCAAGUUCCACAAGAUCUACAAUGCGCCGAGGGAAACAUGAAGCGCCGGUGGCUCUGCCCCCUGGUUAACACUUCAUGA